AUGGUGCUUGACACCGGUUCACCAUCGAUUUGGGUACCUUCGGAUAAUGUGGAUAGAAAUCUGUGGGUUGGGAAAAACCUAUUGAGUAUGGAUCGGACAACUUCUCUGCAGGUCAGCGAGGAAGCAUUCCAUCAGCGAUUCUCAUCAUGUGAGGUGAUUGGCGUCAAAGCAACAGUCCAUAUGAAACUCGGAGAUACGCUUAUCAGAAACGUACCCUUUGGUCUGGUGAAAGAAGGAUCAACGAGCAUAGCUCGUGAAAGGUUUGACGGAACUUUGGGUUUGGGGCGUAGGCGUCCGCUUCCGGAGAACACAGACCCUAUUUUUCAAUUUGUUCAUCGACAAGGAUUGAUGGGUGCGCAAUUUGGCUUCGACUUCCAAGACAGCGGUGCCUCAUUCAUGAUGGGGGACCAUGUGGAACAAGCCAUCUCCACUGCUGAUAUGACCUUCGUGAAUGUCAUUGAAGGACCUUUUUGGGAAACGCGGGCAACCUGCAUAUCUAUUUCCGUCUUGAGACUUAACACCGAGGAACACAGAAUGAUCUUCGACACAGGGACCCACACAAUCGUUCUGCCGGAGACUAUUCACAUGGCCAUCAACCAAGUACUUGGUAUUUCGACGCUGGUGGAUGGAUCGUAUGAAUUCGAUUGUGAAAUGCUGCCAUCCAUGCGCCCGAUUGCUUCCUUCAUUCAAGAAAAGCGUUUCAUGGAUGGAUCGUAUGAAUUCGAUUGUGAAAUGCUGCCAUCCAUGCGCCCGAUUGCUUUCCACAUUCAAGAAAAAGCGUUUCAUAUUACGCCGACACAAUACACAAAACAGACCAGAACUAAUGGAGGCACGAAAUGUUAUACCCGUUUUAUUACCAAGCCCGCCGGCUUCCAUGUGGGUAUAAUACUGGGAAUGCCAUUCCUACAUUCAUUUCAACUAAUAUUUGAUGACGAGGCGGGCAGAGUUGGUUUGGCCCCACGCCACGGAAAGUCCUCGAUUAAGAACUUCAUUCGCGUAGUUCGCGCCUGGUGGCUUUUGCAGACUCCAACGGUUAAGCAUACCGAAAACUUUGUGGAUCCAACGACUGCAGCUCACACACAAAACAUCGAAUCUGUUUGGCAUGUCUACAAGAUGCAGAAUAAACGCCAAUGCGGCGGAAAGCUACGUGUACUUUCGGAAGAAUCGGAUAAACUCAAGCGCGAUAAGCGGGCUGUAAUCAGAAUUCCAUUGCAUCCAUGGGGUGAGCUCGGAGGCAUGCUUAUCAGAAAUGUACCAUUUGGUCUGGUGAUGGAAGCAACAAGGAGCAUCUCUGAGGAACCCGUUGACGGCUAUAUCGGAUUAGGGCGUCCGCCAAUCUGUUCAGAAAAUACAAUCCCUCUUCCCAUAUUCGUUCGUGAACGAGGAUUGAUGAGUGGGCAAUUUGGCUUCGAAUUCCAAGAGAUAUCCAUUUCUAACACGGAAAUUAGCACUGAAGAUCACAGAGCGAUCUUCGAUACCGGGACUCACACAAUGAUACUGCCAGGGGAUAUUCACAUGGCAAUCAACCGAAAACUCGGUAUUUCGAGGCUGGUAGACGGGGCAUAUGUAUUCGAGUGUGCGAGGCUGCCAUCCAUGCGACCGAUUGCUUUCCACAUUCAAGGAAAAAAGUUUCAUAUUACGCGGACACAAUACACGAAACAGACUACCGUGAACGGGGACGCAAUGUGUUCUACGCGUUUUCUGAACAACUCUGUCAAUACGCCUUUGGGUAUUAUACUGGGAAUGUCAUUUCUACGUUCAUUCCAACUGAUUUUCGAUCACCAAGCGAGUAGAGUUGGCUUUGCUCCACGCCAUGGAAGGUCCUCGAUUGAUUGA